CACUCUCAUUCAGUCACCGCCAACUAUUCGUCAGCUACGGAAGCCUCCCCGAAAAGCAAGUGGGGUCACAAAUCGGAAGACAGAUCCUUCCGUGAUUAGACCGCCUCCGAAAACUGAACAUUUGUGUGAAACCACGCCAGUAAGCACAUCAACAAACUAGUCGCUAAUGCAAGUCAUGUGUGAUAAGCAGGUAAAGAGUGUGAGCAAAUCUCAUUCAUAGGAGCAGUGUAGUUGGACAAUGUCGGUGACAGCCACGCGACGAGAAGUUAGUUUGAACAACAAACUGAACCGCAGCAACCCGUUGCCAUUGUAUAUUGACAGUCGUGCGCAAAGUGCUAAUCGCAGCCAUCUGCGAUUUGAAAACCUACAAGUGUUACUUAGCGAGAAGAAUCAGUGAAGCUAGUCAGACUAAAUCGUACACGAGAUUUUGGGUAGGGUUUUUGAAACAAUAAGUGAUACAAAUCCUGCCAACACCAUGUGGUCACCGGAAGCGGAAAUCAACUCAAUUGCCUUUACUACAAUGCGGCACUCGGUGUCUGCAUCGUCCGGAAUCUCGUCCCUCUCCAGUUGCGGUGAUCCAGAUCGCCUUCCCGAGCUGCCACCUGGAGAUGAACAACGCCUGCAACGUGCUGCCCUCAACCUGCAACAAAAGCUGAUCUUACGUGAAUGGCUGAAAGAGCACCGACUGCAGCAUCAUUACUCUAGACUGGUUACCAUCGAGGUCACAUCGCUCGAGGACGUCUACUGGCUCGAGGACUCCCGUGCCAGUCAAAUACUGGGCAAAGAUUGGUCCGGCUGGUCCCAAGCACGCCAGAAGCUGCCCACGUCCAAAUCCAACCUGGAAGCUUUGAAGGCCGAUCUUUGGUCAACCGUGGUCAAGUCCAGCCAGCACCAGGACGCUUGGACAUGGGGUGGAAUGUUGGUGGUCUCCGUGUCGGUGGCCGGUCUGGUGACCCUGGCCGCCAUGACGCAGCCUUCGUUGGCACCGGAAGCACGACAUUCCCUGCUACAGUACGUAACUGGCAAGUAUCUGCUACCGGCCAACUGCAAAGUCCACUGGGACUGGCAAGAUCCGGCCAUCGUCGGUGGAACCAUGUGCUUUACGGUGCGAUUCCAUCAACGGAACGGUCAAGCCUACCCUAUCUGUGAUACAGACCAGUUCUUCGUGGAAGUGACCGAAGGUACCCGUAAGAUCAUCACCAUCAGUGAGUUAGGAUCACCAACCGAUCCAAACAACGCAAACAUUGCCAAGGUCAAAUUCACCGUCCGAACGGCUGGACAGUACAAAAUCUCGGUGCUGAUCGGAUCGAGUCACAUUGCCGGCAGUCCCUUCCUGAAAACCUUUAUUCCAGGUCCAAUGGACGCCCGUCGAUCACGACUGAUCCGACCGGCGAGUACCGUAGUCUGCUGCGCCGGGGCACCAACAUUCCUGCACAUCGAACCACGUGAUGAGCACGGCAAUACGUGUCAGUUCACGCCCGAGUGUGAUCCCAUCAAGGGCUACAAGAUCGACAUUUUCGAUCUCUACGGUAACCAUAGUGAUAAGUACUGCAAUGCGAUCACACUUUCCUACGAUAAGGUCAACUCGAGAAUCAGCCUUACCGCUCUGUUCCCGGAACCUGUGUGCCUACGGGCUGUCAUAAGCUACGAAACGCAUCCGAUCCCGAACGGAGAAUUUGAUAUUAUCGUCCUGAGCAGCAGCGACACGACGCUGGUGCAUAAGAAUAUUGCUUCCAGGAAGCACAACAUUUGCUACGAAGCAAAACUAUUCGGCGUUUUUGGCCAACAACGGUGGACCAAACCACGGAAGGUGCUUUGCUACGUUGGACCAAAGCAGGUUACCAUUAAAGAAAUGAUCCUCAAAAUCAUUCCCAAGCGGAUCGCCACUUUUCGGUUGUGCCCUUCUACCAAAUUCCACUUCCUACCACCGUCCAAUAUCCAGGUGAAUAACAGCCACGGAGCGAUCUUCAUCAUCGACGACGGUUGUCAACCGAAGAUUGAACUGGCAUCCAAGGAGCGCAAUGUAAUCGCGGCAACCUUCACCCAUUUCCUGCUGAAGAACAUUGGUGGCUCGGAGACGUUCAAAGAUAAGCAGGACUUUUUCUACCACGAAGUGAGACUCGUGCGCAAGUUCCAUUCCAACUACUACCAUGAGAAGAUUUCAGUCAAAGUACAACGGGACAAGAUCCUCGAAUCCAGCAUGAAAGCGACCAAGCACUUCUCCGUGUCGGAUUGGUGCGGCAACUUUGAGGUUACAUUCCAAGGCGAACAGGGCAUCGAUUGGGGAGGACUGCGGCGCGAGUGGUUUGAACUAAUCUGCAGUGCCCUGUUUGAUCCCCGCGGGGGUCUCUUCUGUACAUUCCACGAUAAAAGACAAGCACUCGUACAUCCUAAUCCAAAUCGACCUACGCAUCUUAAGUUGAAACACUUUGAAUUUGCCGGAAAGGUUGUCGGAAAAUGUCUAUAUGAAAGUGCCCUCGGAGGAACCUACCGGCAACUGGUGAGGGCGCGAUUUUCCCGUUCGUUCCUGGCACAGCUAAUCGGGCUCCGAGUGCACUACAAGUACUUUGAACAGGACGACCCGGAUCUGUAUUUAUCUAAGAUCAAGUACAUCUUGGAUACGGACCUGGACAACAGCGAGAAUCUGGAGCUUUACUUUGUGGAAGAAAUUUACGAUACGGGUGGUCAGCUGGUGAAAACCGUCGAGCUCAUUCCGAAUGGGGCCAAAACGAGGGUCACAAACGCGACCAAGAACCAAUAUUUGGAUGCCUUGGCACAGCAGCGGCUGUGCAACAACGUACGAGAGGAGAUUGAUAGCUUUCUGAAGGGACUGAACGGAGUCAUUCCGGAUAAUCUGCUGAGCAUAUUUGAUGAAAACGAAUUAGAGCUAUUGCUUUGUGGCACCGGGGAGUAUUCGAUAGCCGAUUUCCGGGCCAACCACAUCGUGAACGGAGGCUCGCCGGAGUUCCGAAGGGUGCUGGGGUGGUUCUGGGCAGCGGUAGGCAACUUUUCCCAAACUGAAAUGGCGCGGUUACUGCAGUUCACGACGGGAUGCUCACAGUUACCGCCGGGAGGCUUCCAGGAACUGAAUCCACGAUUCCAGAUAACGGCAGCACCAACGUUUGCAAAUUUACCGACAGCACACACUUGUUUCAACCAACUCUGCCUGCCAGACUACGAGAGCUACGAGCAGUUCGAACGGGCCCUGAUGUUUGCCAUCAGCGAAGGAACCGAAGGCUUCGGUAUGGUUUAAUUCAGAACGAAAGACGCGUGGAUCGAGCAAUCGCACGAAAGCCUGGGAAAUCUCAACAAACAACACAAAGCACAAAACAAAACCUUGAUAUAUGUAGUACUAGAGUAGUUCUAGCUGACCAAGAGAAAGUACGUCAAUUCUGUGAAUUUUACUAUUUUUAUUUUUUUUCCUAAAUAGCAAAACCUAAAUAUAUUAAAUAGAAAAGGUGGCAAAUCUAUAUCGAAAAACUUGAAGCUUUAGUCGUCUUGAAAUAGGAAAUCAGUUUAUUGAAUUAUACGAACCCAUUGCGACACCCGUAGCCAGUUGAAUCGCUUUCCAGUUAAAAAAUAUAUCCAAAAAAUUGCAAAACCAAUAUAAACAGUGCGCUUUCUUCGUCUGGGCAGCGACUCUCUUCAACAUUACGUAAAUGUAUGGGUGAGAAUGGCAAACUUCUCUUAAAAGGUGCCAAAAGGAUACGAAUCAAGACAAGCGUGAAGGUUAAGUUAUCGGAAAUGAAUUUCUAGCAUUUGUGCCAAAUCAGUGACGAAGAAAUGGAUGGCCACUGCAUUUCGCCUACCCUAUUCUCAUUAUUUAGCAUUUUUAGAAAUAGUUUCGAGAUAGGUAAACAUUCAGAGCGGACAUUAGUGAGGAGGAGACGCUUACCUUAUAAUGAAAUCUUAUUUAAGUUUGGACGGCGCGCCUUAAAACUAGUAGGAAUUUACAAAUUCAAAAACAUUUGAUAUCAAUAAGAUCGAAAACGCGAUAAACGGAUAUAAGGGAUAACAAAUGAAGUUAUGUGAUUUCUAGAUGAUUAAGCGUUCAAACACUCUCAUUAGAUCAAACUCACCCGAAACGUAUCAGCAUUUUCUUUAUUUAAAUUUCCACCCAACCAAAACUAGUUAGUAUGAACUACAUCAUUCCAUGUGAAAUAGCUGUAUGUUUAAAAAAAAUCAAUCUGGCGAAUAGCAGAAAAAAACAAAAUAGAAUCUGAUGCAGACAACAAACUCAUGGUUCUGUGAUACUUCAGAAUGAAAACAAAUAGUAGUUACCGCAUACCUGCAGUCAAAAUUUUGUUGUAUUCAUUCUUUGUCGAAGCUUCCCCUCUUACUGUGCUCUAUACGAUAAAAUAGAUAACAAUUAGCGGCUAGGCAAACACAAUUUAAUUGUAACCAAUCUCUUAAAGUUACUUUCAACAGAUUGACAAACCAACGGAACCCAUUUAAGCAAGCGCUCAAAGAACGAUUCAGUGCAAACAUGAAGAAUUAAGCAGGCGGCAUUCGAUUCAAAUUUGGUUAGUGCAGCAAAUCAAAGCAACCAUAAGCGAAAAAUUCUUCAAUAAUCAGUCAAUGACAUUUACCCGAUAAGCAUCCAAAUAGUAAUUCCUCCGUCAGUAGACCAAAGUUCGAGUCGA